UGAUAUUAUAUUGUUUACUCCAUAGGGCCUUUUUAUAAGAAAGAGUACUUUACAUACAAUUUUAUAUUUGCCAGAAAUAAUUCUCCAUUCAUUCCUUUUUACAACAAGUACCACUGCAGCUACAACUGCUCAUCCUGACCUACAAAGCAGAAGAACAUGAACAAUCAUUAGUCACACUAGAUGAUCAACUCAUUGGGAAGUUAGGAUUACAACAAAUCACAAAUAUGGAUGCAGUAGACCGACAAGAGUAUCCGGCUAUGCUGGAUCGAUUACAACCAGGGCCAGCUGCAGUAAAACUUAAUGAGCGUGUGAAGAGGAUAAAUAAAGUGAAUACGGAAAUCGCGGAUUGGUUGCAGGAGCGCCGCAAAGUGGAAGAACAAUAUGCUUCCGGUCUCCGAAAGCUUGCGCGCAAACCUCUACAAGAAACUGGGGGAGAUUUGGGGGUAUUCGAUACACCAUGGAGAAAAAUUGUGAAUUCGGUCGAAUCGAUCGCGGAUUCUCAUCACAAUUUGGCUGAACGAAUCUCCAAGGAUGUUGAGCAACCAUUGCGACAAUUCGCUACCCAAAAUCGAGAAAUGCAGGGAAUGACAACAAUACAAGGGAAUCUCGCGGCGAUGGCUAAGGAGUUGGAAGAUGCGCAACAUGCCUCGGACAAGCUCAGCAAGAAGGGGGGGAAAGCAAGUACGCAAAAGGUGGAGAAUGCAGCCGCCAAAUUACAGAAUGCGGAACAACAAUGGCAAGCACAAGCUCCAUUCAUAUAUGAGAGUCUUCAGGCAGUAGAUGAAAGACGAUUGAACCACCUCCGCGAUGUCCUCACGCAAUUCGAAACACAUGAAGCCGACAGAAUUGAGAGAAGUCGAGUGGCCGUUGAGCAAACCUUGACAGCAUUGUUGGAGGUAGAUACUGCCCAGGAAAUUAGGAAUUGGUCUGAAGCAUCUACGACGGGAAGGCCCGUCAUGGAACGACCCGUUAGACAACUUUCGAGCGCUGGAGACAGUGGCGCAAUGCCAUUACCUCCUCCUACUCCACGGUCUACACAUUCAGCAGCUGCUAGUGAUAUAUCAAGACAAGAAGGUUCUAGUGAUUCGAAGCUAAAGAGCCGAUUUGGCACGAUGCUUCAACGUCGACGCCAAAGCAUUCAUGGAGGAUUUGCUCGCGCCCCAUCACCGAACAAGGGAUUCGCGAGUUUGAAUCGCAAUUCCAACAGCAGUUCAGGACGACCAACCCUUUCACCUCAUACUUCAUCAAACAACUUGCGCGAUUCACAAGACAACCGACUUUCUGCUCUUCCCGAAUCACCAUCUAAUCGCGAUACUUUGCAACCUAAUGGCAACUCUCAUGGUAUGGGCCAAGAUUCAUUAAGUGCAUCAGAUGCGAUUAGACCAGCUACUUCCAAUGGUGUACCAAGCCCGGGAAUGGUGGAUCUGUCGGAAGUGGAACCACCAUCGGGCCCACCUCCAUCGCAUUUCAAAGAAGCCCAAAAAGAUUCUGAAGGCUUCACGGUGCCAGCAGCCAUGAACGAUCCUAUCUCGCAAGCUCUUAAUGAAGCUCACGAGCAAAAUGAACCUCAGUUCAAACUUGAUAUCCGAGAUCAACCGAUUCCCGAGCAAGAUGCAGAUGCACAAGCUGCAUUAUCAAGUGUUGCCAAUACUUUGCGCUCAUCUCAAUUAACCACUCCUGGUCGAAAAGUCGGUACCGUCCGAGGUCGAAGAGAUGUUCGAAACACAGUCUAUGUCCCUUCGCCUAAUCUUGAUGUUAGUACCAUAGAAAACAACUUGCCUCCUUCACCGGCUUUCACACCCGGAGGAGCACGUGCUGCAGCAUUUGCAGCUAUUUCGGAGCAUGGCCAUGCUGCGCCAAGUAUAUCUGAUGCAAAUUCAAUUCGUUCCGGGCAUUCUCUUUCCAAUAAUGUUGUGGUAAAACAUGCUGAUAUGCAUCACCCUGGCCUCAAUGCGUCAAUGAUAGAGACUGUCAGCGCCACACUAGAAAACGGAGCAGUGAAGACAGUUAAGGUUAGUGGGGAGAUUGCUUUAAGCUAUAUUUCGUCACCGAACGAUGCUUCGUUGCCAGCUUCAGGAACCGAAACAAUCAGAAUCAACAACUUUCCCGCUCUAGAGGCUAUUGGUCCUAAUAGAACAUUCAUUCAUCCAGUAUCAGCAGAGAAAUCGGAUGAAUUUACAGUGGACCUUGCGUCAGUAUCGCACAAAACAUCGCCCGCAUUUACUUACCGAGUGCACAUUGAUGACAAGGAUAUGGCUGGUUAUUCGCCAUUAUUGUUAAAACCGGCGUGGAAACCAGUUGGUGAAAAGCUUGGUCUGAUUAUCGAGUAUGCACUUAAUCCAGCUUUCUCCUCGGAUGCCAUAACUUUCAACAACCUUGUUAUCGUAGGUAAAUACACAGGUGCUGGGGCUGCAGUGUGUAAAUCCAAACCUUCUGGCACCCACUACCGUGACAAGUCUGCUAUUGUUUGGCGUCUUGGCGAUGUUACUCUCGGUCAUGAAUGGCAUAAAAUGAGUGCCUUAUUUUCCGGUUCAGAUGGCGCGGUUCAGCAACCAGGUCACGCGGAAGUCAGAUGGGAAGUUCAACGCCCUAUUUCUGGUAGUGGUAUCAGCAUUUCAAGACUGGAAGCAGUUAAAGGUGCUGAAGAGUCAGAUCCAUUUGCAGAUGAAUCAUUAGCUCCAACGGCAGGUAAUUGGGUUGAAAUUGAGACUAGUAGGAAGAUUGCCAAUGGGGUGUAUGAAGCAAGACAAAGCACAGCAUGAAAAAUGGGAUAGGAUUGAAGGUUGAGGGCUCAGGAAGGAACGGAGUUCUUUUCCAGGAGUUGUUUUUCUUCUAUUUCUUUUGUUUUUUUUUGCAUGCUCUUUAAGAGUAUUUGAAAAGUACAUAGGUGCACACAGGGGGGUUCAAAGCAUGGUGGAAGAGUAAUGGUUGGAGCAUGGUGGAAGCGUUUCUUUGAGUUGAUACCUAGCGUUUCACGCUGUUCUUUUUCUUUUUCUUCUUGUAGUGUAGUAUAUGUAUGUAUGUAUAUACUCAAUAACCAGCUUGUUUGAGAUUAUGACAUGAACUUUCUUGUC